AUGGAUAAGCCAAUCUCUAAAGAUUGGAAGAACACAGGAAUACAACCGGAGUUGGGCAGUCCUUGCUCAACCGGUGAACAAAAAAGUGAAGAGUUGGUCUCAACAUGUAGAGAUCUUCUCUUGAGAGAUCUGCGCCCCGGAGAAAAAUCAGAGUCUUUCGUUCGGUUGGUACUUGAGAAACUCUUCUAUGACACAAACGUAGACUUAUGCUCCAUCGUUCAAACACAUCCUGCAGCUGGCGAAGUUUAUGCUCUCAUAAGAGAUCUAAUUCAUAGCAAAUCGGCGUUUUUUGAGACGAUAUAUGAUGGCUCUGAAGUUUUUGCUAACGAACUGUGGAAAGCCAUCUUUUAUCAGUUGGAGAAGUCGCAUACGAGUUUCAAUGUUUCUGCUGAAAGUGUUCUUAUGACUUGUAUUUCGGAUUAUGUAGUGCGUCUACUACCUUUUGACCAAGUUCCAACCGAGAGGGGAGUGCCGAAACUACAUAGGGCUAAAACUCCACUAGAUCUCUUCCUCCCUACUUCACCGGUUUUGAAUAGUAUAAAAUUAGAUUUACCUUCUCGAGAGUUAUCUUCCCCCUCUCUACACCCAAGGCAUUUGACGAUUUUCUGUAAUUUGGUUAAUAUAAUGUGUAACCGUCAGCAAUAUCCGUCAGCUAAUCGUUUAGUUGUCAUAAGGUAUCUCCUCAAACAGUUCCACUCUUUCUGUCUUUUCGAAACAACGGACUCGGAGCUUAUGGCUAUCAAGAAAACAAUCCAUUCAAAGCCCCCUUUCUCGUCAGAAUUGUAUCAGUUUCUGUAUACCUUUUUUGAGCAGUGUCCCUCUUUGCCAUCACUUCUCGAAUUGAUCAGUGUGUGGAACACAUAUUGCCGACCCUGGAGAUACGUCGCAAACACUAAUAUACCCUACGAGCAAACCAUAAGUUUAUGGAUAUAUUUCAUCAGAAAUGAAGAUAUCUUUUAUCGCAUACUUCUGGGGAAAAUACUGCGGAAGCUUUCGGAGGCGGAAAUAACCCUGGAGUCAGUUAAGACCAUACGAACACUAGUCGAGUGGUCAUGGAAAGAUCCGAUGAAACGCAUAUUAAGGGAAGUCAAUGUCGAUGCUCGUCAAGCGACACGAAAGGUAUUGGACAACGUGUUUGCAGUUUACAAAAUGAAACAGGCAGAAAUCAGUUCUUCGGACCUAGAAAAGAAAUCUUUUUGGGAUGUUCUUUCAGCUGCUCCUGAAAGUCCACGGGUGGUAUCUGCUCGACAAAUUGUGGAAUAUGUGAAGCCUUUGCUCGAAGAAGGAGAUAAGUUUAUGUAUACCAGUUAUGUAACUUCACCUAAUGUUCCACCAACUGUCGAAAUAAGCAGAACCCAAGUUUCUCCAUCAACAGUCGUAAACGACGUGCUCUGUGAGACCCCAAAAAGAGGAAAACUUCCGGAUCAUAGUAAAGAUCCUUCUACCGGUUUCAUGUUCUUAACUCCCUUAGGGAGAGAACAAGUGUUCAGUGGAGAAAGAAAGUUCAAGUUCGAUGAAUGUAAAAAUAUUUUGCCUGGCUGGAUAAAAUCGGUUCAAGCACACGAGUUCCCUCCGUUGGUCUAUCUCACUCAAUGGUUGACUAGCUGCUUCAAUGAUUCUCAUUUUGGAAAGUAUCUCUCGGAAAAAUAUUCAACUUCUACAGUUGUUGGCCAGUUUGCGCGAAUUGUGAUGGAUCCACCAUAUCCAAACCCAUACAGUCCCAUACAGUCCCCAGUAUUUUGUCGUACGUUAAAAAGAAAUCCACCUUCUCUACGACUGCGGGUCUUCGCAAAUUAUGGAGUUCUUCUAGGCAUUUCGAUUUUAACACUUUUCUAUGUAUAUGGUUGGUAUGCUCUGAUUCCAUUGCUCGUAAUCCUCGUUGUCGGAUCAAUUGCAUGGGUUGCCACUCAAGAAAUCUAA